UUGCCCCGGGCGCCGAAAUAGUGACUCUAGUGCACGUCAGCCUCUGCCCGGAGCAGCUCUCUGAACUAAUGGUGGGAACUGGUUGUUGUAGGUAUUUAACAUGAAGCCGCUCCAGAUUGUGUUUCCUGCCCGAGCAGACCCCGAAAGCCCCAUCCUGGACCUGGACCUUCACCUGCCCUUGCUGUGCUUCCGGCCCGAGAAGGUGCUGCAGAUCCUGACAUGCUUGCUGACAGAACAGCGGAUCGUCUUCUUCUCCUCGGACUGGGCUCUGCUGACGCUGGUCGCCGAGUGCUUCAUGACCUACCUGUAUCCGCUGCAGUGGCAGCACACCUUCGUGCCCAUCCUGUCGGACCAGAUGCUGGAUUUCGUCAUGGCCCCCACGUCCUUCCUCAUGGGCUGCCAUCUCGACCACUUCGAAGAAGUCAGCAAGGAAGCUGACGGUUUAGUUCUGAUAAAUAUUGAUCAUGGGAGCAUCACCUACUCCAAGUCCACGGACGAUAAUGUGGACAUUCCUGAUGUCCCCCUCCUGGCGGCCCAGACGUUUAUUCAGAGGGUGCAGAGCCUCCAGCUCCACCACGAGCUGCAUGCCGCCCACCUCCUCUCCAGCACAGACCUGAACGAGGGCCAUGCCCACCGGCGGGCCUGGCAGCAGAAACUCAACUGCCAGAUACAGCAGACCACCCUGCAGCUGCUUGUGAGCAUCUUCAGGGAUGUAAAGAAUCAUUUAAAUUAUGAACACAGAGUCUUUAAUAGUGAAGAAUUUCUCAAAACCAGGGCUGCAGGGGACCAUCAGUUUUAUAAGCAGGUCUUAGACACCUACAUGUUCCAUUCUUUCCUUAAAGCCCGGCUCAACAGGAGGAUGGACGCCUUUGCUCAGAUGGACCUCGACACCCAGUCGGAGGAGGACAGAAUAAAUGGAAUGCUUGGAAGUCCAAGGAGACCGACCAUUGAGAAAAUAGCCUCUCGGAAGUCCUCGCACCUGCAGGUCAUCCACAGGCGCAUGGUGGUCAGCAUGCCCAACCUGCAGGACGUCGUCAUGCCUGAGCUGGUACCCAGGAAUUCUUCGCUCCGGCUGACGGACACCGCAGGCUGGACGGGCAGCAGCGCAGUACUGAAUGUGACGCUGAAGUCCCCAUAUACAUUCAAGAUUCCCGAAAUCCACUUUCCGCUGGAGAGCAAGUGCGUGCAGGCGUACUAUGCCGACUUUGUCACCCUGCUGAGCAAGGCCAUGGACUUUCUGGCCCCUGAUAACUCUCUGCUCCUGGCCCGCUAUGUCUACCUCCGAGGGCUCGUUCAUCUGAUGCAAGGACAGCUGCUGGACGCCCUCUUGGACUUCCAGAAUCUGUAUAAAACAGACAUACGGAUCUUUCCCACUGAUUUGGUGAAAAGGACGGUGGAAUCCAUGUCUGCCCCCGAGCGGGCGCAGGCGGAGCAGGCGCCGGAGCUGAUGCGGCUCAUCAGUGAGAUCCUGGACAAGCCGCACGAGGCCUCGAAGCUGGACGACCACGUGAAGAACUUCGAGCUGCCGAAGGAGUACAUGCAGCUGGACGACUUCAUGAAGCGGGUCCAGGAGUCAGGGAUCGUGAAGGACGCCAGCACCAUCCAGCGGCUGUUCGAGGCCUUGACUGUAGGACAGCAGAAACAAAUCGACCCAGAAACAUUCAAAGAUUUCUACAACUGCUGGAAGGAGACAGAAGCAGAAGCCCAGGAGGUCAGUCUGCCGUGGCUGGUGAUGGAACACCUGGAUAAAAACGAGUGUGUGUAUAAGUUGUCCAGCUCCGUCAAGACGAACCUAGGCGUUGGCAAGAUCGCCAUGACCCAGAAGCGUCUGUUCCUCCUAACCGAAGGAAGGCCAGGCUACGUGGAGAUUUCCACCUUCAGAAAUAUAGAGGAGGUCAGGAGCUCCUCUACUGCAUUUCUGCUUAGGAGAAUACCCGCUCUAAAAAUCAAAGUGGCGUCCAAGAAAGAAGUCUUCGAGGCCAACCUGAAAACUGAGUGUGACCUUUGGCACCUGAUGGUGAAGGAGAUGUGGGCUGGGAAGAAGCUGGCCGAUGACCACAAGGACCCUCAGUACGUCCAGCAGGCACUGACCCACGUCUUACUGAUGGAUGCCGUCGUGGGCACGCUGCAGUCACCAGGCGCCAUCUACGCUGCCUCCAAGUUAUCCUACUUCGAUAAGAUGAGGAAAGAAGUGCCCAUGGCACUUCCGAAGACAACCGUGGAGACGCUGAAGCAUAAAAUCACCCCCUCGGCAGGGGAGACGUUCCCUCAAGCGGUGGACGCGCUGCUCUACACGCCGGGGCAUCUUGACCCAGCUGAAAAAGUUGAAGACGCUCACCCCAAGUUAUGGUGUGCUCUGAGCGAUGGCAAGGUGACCGUGUUCGAUGCUUCUUCCUGGACCAUCCACCAGCACUCCUUUAAAGUGGGCACUGCAAAAGUGAACUGCAUGGUGAUGGCCGACCAGAACCAGGUGUGGGUUGGCUCGGAAGACUCCGUCAUCUACAUCAUCAACGUCCACAGCAUGUCCUGCAACAAGCAGCUCACAGACCACUGCUCCAGUGUCACGGAUUUGAUUGUGCAGGAUGAACAGAGGGCACCCAGGUGCAGCAAGGUGUACUCAUGCAGCAUGGAUGGCACGGUGCUGGCGUGGAAUGUGAGCACACUGCGGGUGACCAGCCGCUUCCAGCUGUCGAGCGGUGGCCUCACGUCCAUCAGACUGCACGGCGGCCACCUGUGGUGCUGCACACGUAACAGCAUCAUGGCCAUGACAACGAACGGAUUCCUCUGUCAAGAAUUGAAGAUUGAGGAGAUUGAGGAGAACUUCAAAGACAUCAGUACCUCCUUCCUGGCCUUCCAGCUCCUUCCUGAGCAGGAGCAGCUGUGGGCGGCCUGUGCAGGAUGCAGCGAGGUUUACAUCUGGAGCCUGAAGGACCUGGCCCAGUCCCCGCAGAGGGUGCCCCUCAAGGACUGCUCUGAGAUCAUCUGCAUGAUCCGGGUGAAGAAGCAGGUCUGGGUGGGCAGCCGAGGGCUGUGGCAGGGAACACCCAGGGGGAAAAUCUACGUGAUUGAUGCUGAGACGAAGACCGUGGAGAAAGAGCUGGUGGCGCACAUGGACACCGUGAGGACACUGUGCUCGGCCGAGGACAGAUACGUGCUGAGUGGGUCGGGCAGGGAGGAGGGGAAGAUCGCCAUUUGGAAAGGGGAAUAAACGUGGCUGAGCCUGCCGAGUGGAACCUGCCCUAUGUGUGGGGACGGGCUGCCCCCUAGAGCCCGCCAGGAGCAGAAGCCUGGAGGAGUGGCGGGACAGGGCAGCCCAGGCUCAGCGUGGAGCCCGCUUACCGUGUGUCCAGCCGCAAGACGCAUGGCCACGCACCUGCUCUCAGGCCUUCGGGCACCCUGGUUAAACUGCACCAGGGGUGUGUCUCAGGCGGGCAGCUUCGUCUUGUUUGUGAUAACCUCUGCUGGGAGGUUACUUUGUGUGUUGCCUAGAAAGUUCUGGAAUCCACAACCAGGGGCUGGCACUGAAGCCAGCAGCUUGGCCGAGUCACAGGUGACCCGUGGCUCUCACGUCUCUGGUUUUACCUUUCCUUACUUCAUUCAUUCACUCACCCAGAGAGGCCUGGGAGAAGGGUGGUUGAGGUAACCACUGUGGUCUCUCUCCCAUCAGAGAAUGUGGACAGGGCCUACUCAGGUGGAGGGGACCACCCUGGGAUCAGGUGUUUGGGACAGGGGUUGGGCCAGCUGAGGCCAGCUGUCUUUUUUCCUUUUCUUUUUAAUAAAUGUAAAAUUUUUAUAAUAAUCCUAGAGACCUUUUUUCUACCAAAGAUCACAGACCAGAAAAAGUUCCAUCUCAAAUAUCAUGCUCAGGAAACUACACGGGAUCAACAGGAAAAUACCGUCAUGUAUGAUCUCGUCUUCCAGUGUGCUGUUCAGUUUCCCGGAACCCGCGUGCGCGCUGCACAUGUGUACGUGCAAGAUGCUUUACUGAACUCAGCAAGAUCUUAGCUGUACAUAAAUAUUUGCAAAAGAGACCCUUUGCACCUUUUUACUGUACUGUUGAGAUUUCAUUACUUAAAUGUUCUAUGGAAGGUUCUGGUGUGGUUGUUGGAGCUGGAGGGAGUGUCUCAGCACAUGCUGAGGGCAUGGGGCCUGCCCCCUGGGCUCGAGCCCUGGCUUCCCAAGACGCAGCCCCAGAGCUGGCUCAUCCUGAGGGUCUCUGGGGGUGUUUGCCAGGCUCCUGGGAUGGGCCACGUUCAGAAACUCUGCAGCGCCUCCAGAUGGAAAGGUGGGCCCGGACUCUGGCUGGGUCUGCAUCUUGGAGAAUCCACACCAUGGACCAGGUUUUCCCCCAAGGCUCAGCUUCGCGUAGCCACUAACUCCUUGGGGCGGUCUGAGAACGUGGGCGGAGCAGAACUAUGUGGCCUCAUCCUCCCCCAAGGCUGUGCCUGCAGCGAGGACAACUUUCCACUUUCUAGCUGGGGAGAGGUUGGAUUUUGCUUUUGUAAAUACAUGAAUCCUUAUGAUAAAAGCCUGUCAGAAAUACAUUUAUAAAUUAUUUAAUGCCAGCCCUCGUGUAACCUCAGGUAUCUUCAGCUUGUGGAGAAUAAAUGUGGUUUAAUAAACA